CGGGCCCGGCGUCGCGUCAGGGCUGGCCGGCGGCGGAGGCGGCGGCGGCGGAGAUGGCAGCGGACCCUGAGCGGGUUUGAGGGCUCAGACCCAGCUCGCUCCCGCGCAACCUCGGGCCGACUCGGUGCUGCGGCCCCAGCUCGCUCCGCUCCUGCUCCUGCUCCCUCCUCAGCCGCUGCCUGGGCGGAGGCGGAGGCAGAGGCUCGGGCUGGCUGCCCUGCUCGUGCCCCGGCUCGGCCCCGGACUGCCCGGCUGCUGUGCGGAGAGGAGGCCGAGUCGGUAGUAGAAAGAGAAUACUGAAGAAUAGGAUCUCAAGAUGAGUAAAAAGCCCCCAAAUCGCCCUGGAAUCACUUUUGAGAUUGGUGCUCGUUUGGAGGCACUGGACUACUUACAAAAAUGGUAUCCGUCUCGAAUUGAAAAAAUUGACUAUGAGGAGGGCAAGAUGCUGGUCCAUUUUGAGCGCUGGAGUCAUCGUUAUGAUGAAUGGAUUUACUGGGAUAGUAAUAGAUUGCGACCCCUUGAGAGACCUGCACUAAGAAAAGAAGGGCUAAAAGAUGAAGAAGAUUUCUUUGAUUUUAAAGCUGGAGAAGAAGUUCUGGCUCGUUGGACAGACUGUCGCUAUUACCCUGCCAAGAUUGAAGCAAUUAACAAAGAAGGAACAUUUACAGUUCAGUUUUAUGAUGGAGUAAUUCGUUGUUUAAAAAGAAUGCACAUUAAAGCCAUGCCCGAGGAUGCUAAGGGGCAGGUGAAAUCCCAGCAUCCACUAAGCUGGUGUUGUCCUAUCGACCCAGCUGGAUCGUGUAACCAGUCUAUGGGAAGUGAGGAUUGGAUAGCUUUAGUCAAAGCAGCUGCUGCAGCUGCAGCCAAGAAUAAAACAGGGAGUAAACCUCGAACCAGCGCUAACAGCAAUAAAGAUAAAGAUGAAAGAAAAUGGUUUAAAGUACCUUCAAAGAAGGAAGAAACUUCAACUUGUAUAGCCACACCAGAAGUUGAGAAGAAGGAAGAUCUGCCUACAUCUAGUGAAACAUUUGGACUUCAUGUAGAGAACGUUCCAAAGAUGGUCUUUCCACAGCCAGAGAGCACAUUGUCAAACAAGAGGAAAAAUAAUCAAGGCAACUCAUUUCAGGCAAAGAGAGCUCGACUUAACAAGAUUACUGGUUUGUUGGCAUCCAAAGCUGUUGGGGUGGAUGGUGCUGAAAAAAAGGAAGACUACAAUGAAACAGCUCCAAUGCUGGAGCAGGCGAUUUCACCUAAACCUCAAAGUCAGAAAAAAAAUGAAGCUGACAUUAGCAGUUCUGCCAACACUCAGAAACCUGCACUGUUAUCCUCAACUUUGUCUUCAGGGAAGGCUCGCAGCAAGAAAUGCAAACAUGAAUCUGGAGAUUCUUCUGGGUGUAUAAAACCCCCUAAAUCACCACUUUCCCCAGAAUUAAUACAAAUCGAGGAUUUGACGCUUGUAUCUCAGCUUUCUUCUUCAGUGAUAAAUAAAACUAGUUCUCCACAGCCUGUGAAUCCCCCUAGACCUUUCAAGCAUAGCGAGCGGAGAAGAAGAUCUCAGCGUUUAGCCACCUUACCCAUGCCUGAUGAUUCUGUAGAAAAGGUUUCUUCUCCCUCUCCAGCCACUGAUGGGAAAGUAUUCUCCAUCAGUUCUCAAAAUCAGCAAGAGUCUUCAGUACCAGAGGUGCCUGAUGUUUCCCAUUUGCCACUUGAGAAGCUGGGACCCUGUCUCCCUCUUGACUUAAGUCGUGGUUCGGAAGUUACAGCACCACUAGCUCCAGAUUCCUCUUAUCAUAAUGAAUGUUCCAGGGCAGAAAAGGAAGAUGCACAGAUGAUUACAAAUCCUCCUUCCAAAGCAACAACUGAUGGAAGAGGAGCUCCAACAACAGGAAUAUCGAAAACAGAAAAAAAAGUGAAAUUGGAAGAAAAAAACUCAACAGCAUUUGGUAAGAGAAAAGAAAAGGACAAGGAAAGAAAAGAGAAGAGAGACAAAGAUCACUACAAACCGAAACAGAAGAAGAAGAAAAAAAAGAAAAAGAAAUCUAAACAGCAUGACUAUUCAGACUAUGAAGACAGUUCCCUAGAAUUUUUGGAAAGGUGCUCUUCCCCACUAACUCGAUCUUCUGGGAGUUCUCUGGCUUCGCGAAGCAUGUUUACGGAGAAAACUACAAGCUAUCAAUACCCAAGGGCGAUUCUGUCUGUUGAUCUUAGUGGUGAAAACUUAUCAGAUGUGGAAUUCCUCGAUGAUUCUUCAACAGAGAGUUUGCUUCUGAGUGGGGAUGAAUACAAUCAGGACUUUGAUUCAACCAAUUUUGAGGAAUCUCAGGAUGAAGAUGAUGCUCUUAAUGAAAUUGUGCGAUGUAUUUGUGAAAUGGAUGAGGAAAAUGGCUUCAUGAUUCAGUGUGAAGAGUGCCUGUGCUGGCAGCACAGCGUGUGCAUGGGGCUGCUGGAGGAGAGCAUUCCAGAACAGUACAUCUGCUACAUCUGCCGGGACCCACCAGGUCAGAGGUGGAGUGCAAAAUAUCGUUAUGAUAAGGAUUGGUUGAAUAAUGGGAGAAUGUGCGGGUUAUCAUUUUUAAAAGAAAAUUAUUCUCAUCUCAAUGCCAAAAAGAUAGUUUCCACACACCAUCUGCUUGCUGAUGUCUAUGGUGUUACAGAAGUACUACACGGGUUACAGCUGAAGAUCGGAAUACUAAAGAAUAAACAUCAUCCUGACCUUCAUCUCUGGGCUUGUUCUGGGAAGCGAAAAGACCAAGAUCAAGUAAUAGCUGGGGUAGAGAAAAAAAUAACACUGCAAGACACAGUUAAUCUAGAAGAAAAGAAAUAUGUACAGAACAACCGUAAAGAACCACUUCGUUUGCCCCUAAAAACGGAAGGAACUUAUAUAACAAGUGAGCACAGCUAUCAAAAGCCACAAAAUUUUGGUCAGGACUGCAAAUCUCUCGCAGACCCUGGGAGCUCAGACGAUGAUGAUGUUAGUAGUUUUGAAGAAGAUCAGGAAUUCCAAAUGGGAGAUAAAAAUCGUUUACAAUACUCAGCAAAAGAACAUGGAAUGCCUGAAAAGAAUCCACCUGAAGGGAAUACAGUAUUUGUUUAUAAUGAUAAAAAGGGCACUGAAGACCCGGGAGACUCACAUCUUCAGUGGCAGCUCAAUCUCCUCACACACAUAGAAAAUGUGCAGAAUGAAGUUACCAGCAGGAUGGACCUAAUAGAAAAAGAAGUUGAUGUUCUGGAAAGCUGGCUUGAUUUCACAGGAGAGUUGGAACCACCAGAUCCUCUUGCAAGACUGCCCCAACUUAAACGCCACAUAAAACAACUUCUGAUUGACAUGGGCAAAGUACAACAGAUAGCAACUCUUUGCUCUGUAUGACAACAGUGGACACUUAAUGCAAAGAACGUGGCUUUCUUCAGUCAAGUCGUUUUUAUUAUCCACGUGACUGCUAAGUGGAUAAUUAAAAAGCUUAGUAAUGUCUGGUCAUUUACUGAUUUAUGACAUCAGUAGGAUGGCACCUUGGAAGGGAAAAUGAAGAACAACUUUAUCAAAGAAGCUAAUAUUUAAAAAAAAUUUGUGAGCAAGUUGCAGAUGAUAAUGUGUUAUAUGCCAAGGAUCAAUGAAGUAGAAUAUAAUCUAUACUAAGGGAAUUGAAUUGGCAGAAUUUUUGAAUAGUUGCUUACAUGAAGCUCAAGACACCUGUAGAAAGAAAUAUGGUGUAUUUAUAUAAUUUUUAGUAGAAAGAGCCAUGUUUAUAAACCAGCAUUUGGCCAAAAACAAAAUUGUAAAGGCAAUUUAAAUUCCUGAGCAUUCUACAGGGUUGCUCUAAGAACUGUCUUCUCAGCAGUUAAUCCAGCUGCACAGAAAUUUAGGGUUUUAUAGAAAUUUAAACUUUUAUAGGAUCAUGAGCUGUUUCUUGGGUGAUGAAUGUCCUUAAUCAGAAAACUGACAGUAGAAGUCUCACUUCUGGGGAAAACAAUUGUGGAAUUCUUACUUCAUUAUGAAUGUAUUUAAAAACAAACACCAAAUAAUUGGAAUAUAUUGCAGGCAUUAAGCUCAUUAAAAACAAACUGGCUUGCAGAAGGAAGGGUCUGAUGUGCCAAAUGAUAAUGAUACUGCUGGAAAGAGGAUUUUAAAUAUUAUGGGGAGUUCUCCCACCCCAAGUCUUACAUAAUGCCAUCAGUCCAUCUGAAACCUGUAUAUCACAUAUGUUAUAUAUAUCUCAUAUAUAUUGAAUGGCAGUAUUCAGGCUUCAACCUACAGUUUGAUCCUGAGUAUGCUUGAUGUUUGCCUUCAGAAAAAAAAAAAUUGUAAAUAACCUCAGCUGGGAUGAGGAGUGACAAAAAUAUGAAAAUGAUUGUGGCUAUGGAUUUUUUUAACUGCUAGUAGUGGAAUACUGGAAAAGCUUCAUUUCUGAAGAUGAAUUUUAUUUUUAAAAAAUAACGCGCGCACUCAAAACUUUUAGCUUUGAUCACAAAUGGACAAAUUUCUGAAACCAAAGGCAACUAAGUUGCUGUACUAGCUCUUGCUGGAUUUUGAGCCUAGGUCCUACUGUCUGUCAGUGCUCACGUGAGUGGUAUGCGCCCCAGUGCUGCCUACGCAGGUAUGCGUCAGUGUGUAUGCUUGUUUUAAACAAACACUCAACGUACACAUGUACAUAACCUACACAUAUUUAUAUCACACAUAUCUAGUUUUAUUACUAUAGUCUAUACGAAUUGGUGGUUAACAUGAGAUGUUACCUUUUAACAGACUGUUUUUAAAAAUUAAAAAUGUAUGUACAGGUUUUGAAAUUUUUUUAAAAAGGGGGAAAAAGACUGUUAAGAGGAGGCUAUUUGAUGACAUAUAACACUUGAAUAUUUUAUGCCUCAUUCUGUUUAUCAGUUCUAGAGAUCUGUAUAAAUGCAUUUUAGAACUGAUAGACAGUUAACUUGAAUUUAUCUUUGAUAAAAAUACAUGCCACUGUACAUUCAGAUAUUAUUUAAAUUUGCAGACACAUUGUUCUAUAUGUAAGGGUACUGUAUGUAAAACUCCUUAUUAAAACUAUUCCACAUAUCUUAAAAUUUCAGCUUGCCUUUUUGCGGCCUUAUAUUUUCAUGUAAAGUUAAAAGAAUGUGCAAAACAGUCAAAUUUUUAUUGCCUUUUGAGAUUUUCCAAUUUGACAAAUGUGCCAAAGAUCAGCAGACAUAAAAUAUAGUCCUGUGUAUUUACAUGUGAUACUUUAACUGUGUGAAAGAUUUCACUGAUAAAUGAAAAGCUUUAGCAGAGGUGAUAUUGUGGGCUAGUUGCUUAAAUUUGCAUAUUAAAGUAAAAAUAAUAGUGCCUGUA